GGCCCUUGCCUUUGGGAGGCGGGAAGAGGAGGUUUGGGGAGAGGUGGGGCUCGUGCCCGGGGCGCCCUGGGCCAGCCCAGCGGGAUGCCAGGCCUGCGCGCAGUCCUCCUCCACCUCCUGCUGCUCCUCAAGCUGGUCACCCCGGUGACCUUCCGCCACCACCGCUACGACGACCUGGUGCGGACGCUGUACAGGGUGCACAACGAGUGCCCGCACAUCACGCGCGUGUACAGCGCGGGGCGCAGCGUGCGCGGCCGGCACCUCUACGUGCUGGAGUUCAGCGACCUGCCCGGGAUCCACGAGCCCCUGGAACCUGAAGUGAAGUACGUGGGGAACAUGCACGGCAACGAGGUGCUGGGCCGCGAGCUGCUGCUGCAGCUGUCGGAGUUCCUGUGCGAGGAGUUCCGCAGCGGGAACCAGCGCAUCGCGCAGCUGGUCCAGAGCGCGCGCAUCCACAUCAUGCCGUCCAUGAACCCCGACGGCUACGAGGUGGCGGCCGCCCAGGGCCCAGAUAUUUCUGCAUAUCUGGUUGGCAGGCACAAUGCAAAUGGAGUGGACCUGAACCGCAACUUCCCCGACCUCAAUACUUACAUCUACUACAACGAGAAGCAUGGAGGCCCCAACCACCACUUGCCCCUUCCAGACAACUGGAAAAGCCAGGUGGAACCCGAGACCCGGGCCGUGAUCCAGUGGAUCCGCUCCUUCAACUUCGUCCUGUCGGCCAAUCUCCACGGAGGAGCGGUGGUGGCCAACUACCCGUAUGACAAGUCCCUGGAGCACAGGGUGCGAGGCUUCCGCCGCACUGCCAACACGCCCACGCCCGAUGACAAGCUUUUUCAGAAGCUGGCCAAGGUCUACUCCUACGCACAUGGGUGGAUGCACCAUGGUUGGAACUGUGGGGAUUACUUCCCAGACGGCAUCACCAAUGGGGCUUCCUGGUAUUCUCUCAGCAAGGGAAUGCAAGACUUUAAUUACCUCCAUACCAACUGUUUUGAGAUCACCUUGGAACUGAGCUGCAACAAAUUUCCCCCUGAAGAAGAUUUACAGCGCGAGUGGCUGGGUAAUCGGGAAGCCCUAAUCCAAUUCUUGGAGCAGGUGCACCAAGGCAUCAAGGGAAUGGUGCUUGAUGAGAAUAAUAAUUACCUCCCUAAGGCUGUUAUUUCUGUCAGUGGGAUUAAUCAUGAUGUCACUUCAGGUGAUCACGGUGAUUACUUCCGGCUGCUGCUUCCAGGCACCUACGUGGUCACUGCCACAGCACCUGGGUUCGACCCAAAGACAGUGACUGUGACCGUGGGUCCUGGGGAACCAAAACGGGUUGACUUCCAACUCAGGAGAAGUAUCCCUCCAGUCACCAAGUUCCCAGCGCAGCACUUGGAGACAGAGUCCUACCAAAGCCCCGGGUAG